CAUCUCCGACCCCAGUGAACGCAGUUCCAGACUUCCAGUUCCUCCUCUCACCGCCGCCGCCGGCGAUGCCCUCCGGCGUUACGCCGCCUCUCUAAUGGGUUGCCCGGACUGAAGCAUAUUUCACUUCCUCUGCACGGUCCCGUCAAUCCACCGCCGGUGAUCACCCCUGCCAUAAUUUGAGGACGCCGCCCUCGUCCCCAACACCUCCAUUGACGCCCUGACGGGCCUCAGGGUCAGGGAGGGAGGGAGGAAGUUUGGCAGGAAGGUGGAGGAUACAAGGAUUUCGCGUCGUCUGGGUGGGCAUUGAGCUAGAGGACCCGUUCUUACAAUCGAGCACGGCGAGGUUCUGAGAAGCAUGGUUGAGGUCUUGAGGAUGACCUGGGACUGCCGCCUGCCAUCGUAAUUUGAUUUUGGGCUUGUGGGUUCAGACUCUGACUGGACCGGGUGUACUCCAUUUGGUUCAUGCACCCACAUAUAUUCCAAUGCAGAACAUUUGCUUCCUGGCACACCAAUGCCAACUUGUCCACUCACCUACUCCACUUGCACUAUAGUACUGCAUACUACUCUAAUGCCACUAGUAUAUAUUACAUGCAAUUAGCUCACCUAGAGCAAGCCUAUUGCAGCACAAAUAUGCAAGCACAAACUUAACAGCACUAAGCCAUUAGCAAAAGCUACCACCCACCCCUGUAUCCCCCAUCUCCAUUGUCAGAUCCUUGGGUAAAACUAACGCCAUGUGUGGAGGGGCCAUUCUCAGUGAUCUCUAUUCACCAGUGAGGCGCACGGUCACUGCUGGUGACCUAUGGGCAGAGAGUGGUAGCAGAAGGAGUGGAAAGAACCAGAAAAGGAGUUCUUGGGAGUUUGAUGAAGCCGAUGACGACGACUUUGAGGCUGAUUUUGAGGAUUUCGAGGAUUGCAGUAGCGUGGAGGAGGUGGAUUUUGGACAUGAGGAAAAAGAUUUUCAAAUAAACAGUUCCAUUUUCAUGAAAUUCAACGACCAUACUGCCAAAGUCGCCCGCAGGAAGCGAAAGACCCAGUACCGGGGGAUCCGGCGGCGCCCUUGGGGCAAAUGGGCAGCUGAAAUCAGAGACCCAUGCAAGGGCGUCCGAGUCUGGCUUGGCACCUACAACACCGCUGAGGAGGCCGCAAGAGCAUACGACGUGGCAGCCCGACGCAUACGCGGCAAGAAAGCCAAGGUGAACUUCCCUGACACCAUCACAGCGUCUGCCAAACGGCUUCCAGGACGUGUGCCUCGACCGGCAAAGAAGGUUAUGUCACAAGAGAGCCUGAAGUUCAGCAGCGCCUCUGAACAUGCCAUCUCAGCAGGCAGCAGUACUGAUGCCACAGUCGUCAAGAUUGAGUUGUCAGAGUCAGACUCUCCACUACCAAUGUCCAGCGCAUGGCUUGAUGCGUUCGAGCUGAAUCAACUUGAUGGAUCGAAGUACCUUGAAGCUGGUGGGAAAGAAACAACUGAAGAAACUGAUCAUGAAAAUGGGGUGACGGCAGAUAUGGUUUUUGGCAAUGGCGAAGUGUGGCUUGCGGAUGAAUUUGCGUAUUAUGAGCCUUACCCGAACUUUAUGCAGUUACCUUACCUUGAAGGCAACUCGUAUGAAAACAUUGACGCUCUUUUCAACGGUGAGGUGGCUCAGGAUGGCGUGAACAUCGGAGGUCUCUGGAGUUUCGACGAUGUACCAAUGGACAGUGGUGUUUACUGAGACACAGCAGGCUGAAGAAAUCACUGUUUCAACUUGCCCAGGGGCUGAGGGAAAAAACCAGGCAUUAUUUCAGGUGAUUGCAGUGAUAUACCUCUGUUGACGUGUGAUGCUACUCCAAGAUGAUUCCUAAUCCUUUCCAGUUGGAAUACGCAAGCGUGGUGCAUGCUGAACUUGUGAGCUGAGAGACAUGUUUAACUGUUGUGCUUUCUUCAUUAUCAUGCUCUUCUUUCCCCCCAAUCAUUGUUCUAUCAAGUAUCAACACCAUUGAGGUGUAUGUGAUUCUGGAAAUCUUUCUGUAUCAAGAGCUUGUGAUUAUCAUCCAAUUCAACUCUAUCUGUUCAGCUUGCACGGUUA